AUGGGCCCCGAACUGGAGCCUUCAAUCGGACUAAGCCGUGUCCACACGAAAUACUCACAAGACGCCUUAGUCCUACUCGUCAUUAUGAGAAUAUAUUAUUAUGCCCGGUCUUCAAUAGCCUCGUGCCAACUGUAUAUACUUUUGUGUGUUGGCAGUCUCUGUUUUGCCGUCGAAGUGUGUAGACACAAAUGCGUUCAGGUGAAGAGUCGCAAAGCUGCAACUGUCUCGACAAGUUUGUCAGAAUGUGUGCGGUUUGAAGAGGUUCACUUGAGAGGUUUAUUUUCCAGUCGACGGGAUUCUGAGGCCGCUGAACCGGCCUUUGAUGCCCGCCUCGACUGGACAAACGUCUUUGGACACGGAUUGACACUUUCAGUUGGGCGGUCAAAGGCAGGCUUCGCUUUUGACCGCAUUUGUGUUAUCUGCUUUUAA